AUGGGGAAUCUGCCUUCUUGUCGUGUACAAGAAGCCAAACCUUUUUUGAAAACAGGUAUAGAUUACGCUGGACCAUUUCGUAUUGUUUUAAAUCGGCAUAGAGGUGUUCGUAGUCAAAAGGCAUAUAUCUGUUUAUUUGUAUGCCUUGCAGUGAAAGCGAUUCACAUAGAAUUGGUCUCCGAUCUUUCGACAUCUAAUUUCAUUCAAGCAUUUAAAAGAUUUUUAGCUCGACGCGGGUUAUGUACCAUGUUAUACUCAGAUAGAGGAAGUAAUUUUGUGGGCGCUAAAUCUCAAUUAAAAGAUUUAUUUGAAUUAAUUAGGUCAGAAAACUUUAAAACUCAAAUUGAAGCCGAGCUUACUAUAAAGGGGAUACAGUGGAAUUUUAUAGCUCCUGGAGCUCCACAUAUGGGUGGAUUAUGGGAGUCGAAUAUAAAAAGCGUCAAGUCGCAUUUACUUAAAAUUGUUGGUGAUCAAUUAUUGACGUACGAAGAAUUGAACACUCUCUUAAUUCAAAUUGAAUGUCUCCUUAACUCCCGACCAUUGUGCGUUCUCUCUUCAGAUCCAGCUGAGCCCAUUGCACUCACACCGGCUCAUUUUCUGACUCUUACUCCUUUAGACAGAUUGCCAGCAAUUAAUGUAAUGGAUGUUAACCUUAGUAGAUUAAGUAGGUAUCAACUAAUUGAUCACAUGGUGCAACACUUUUGGCAACGCUGGCGCAUUGAGUACUUACAUACCAUGCAAACACGUGAAAAGUGGAAUACAUUGAAUAACCCGAUCAAAAUUGGUACAAUUGUUCUCCUUCAGCAACCCAAUCUUCCACCCUUACAAUGGCCUUUAGGUCGUAUCAUGGAAGUCUUUCCAGGCAAUUAUGGAAUUGUGCGAGUAAUUGGGGUGAAAACAAAGAAUGGAACUUAUAGACGCCCUGUCACAAAGGUAUGCCCUUUGCCGACUCAAUAA